CUGACCGGCCUGUGGGGAAGCAGAAACCCAGAGAGAGGGAAGGAGACAGAAACUGGAGACAGACCUCAGCUGAAGAGGCAGAGGCCACAGCUGGCUUUCUGCCCACUCCUGCCCUCUCUCCCCAGUUGGCCUUAGCAGCUCUCAGCCACAGCUCCAGGUACCCAGGAACUGGGACUUAGCUCCUCCCCUUCUCUGGGGCCCCCAGUGCCCCUCGGGCUGGUGUCUCACCAUGUCGAUGGCUGUGGAGACCUUUGGCUACUUCAUGGCAGCCCUGGGGCUGCUGAUGCUGGGGGUGACCCUGCCACACAGCUACUGGCGAGUGUCCACCGUUCACGGGAGCGUCAUCACCACCAACACCAUCUUCGAGAACCUUUGGUACAGCUGUGCCACCGACUCCCUUGGAGUCUACAACUGCCGGGAGUUCCCGUCCAUGCUGGCCCUCUCUGGGUACCUCCAGGCCUGCCGGGCACUCAUGAUCACCGCCAUCCUCCUGGGCUUCCUGGGACUCCUCCUAGGCAUUCUGGGUCUGCGCUGCACGAAUAUCGGGAGCAGGCUGCUCUUCAGGAAGGCCAAGGUGGCGGCCGCUGCGGGGUCCCUACACAUAGUGGCUGGUUUAUGCGGGAUGGUGGCCAUCUCCUGGUACGCCUCCAACAUCACCAAGGAGUUCUUCGACCCCUUGUUUCCGGGUACCAAGUACGAGCUGGGUUCUGCCCUUUACCUCGGGUGGAGCGCCUCCCUGCUUUCCAUCCUGGGCGGCUCCUGUCUCUGCUUCAACUGCUGCUGCGGCGAAGAUGAGGACCCUGCCCCAGAUGCCAGGAAUAGCUCCUGGGUUCCCUACAAAGUCGCCACCAAACCCACGUCCAACCACACUGUCCGACUGCCCCCCUCGGAUGAAGGUGACAGCAGCUUUGGCAAAUACGGGAAAAAUGUUUACGUGUAGCAGCCUGACCUGUGACCCCAUCUGCUCCCAGUGGAGAGGGGUUCCCGAAACCCUGGGCUCCAGGUGCAGCCCCGGCUGGUGGUUACAACCUUUACGGUUAUUUAGCGGUGUUGGGGACUCAGCAUGCUGACCAGAGGCCACGCCCAGCUCUGACCACACCUCAGGCCCUGCCUCUCCCGUCGGAGCUCCGCCCUGGCCACGUCUCUUUGGUCUGACCCAGCGGACCCUCCCAAAUGAAGAGCUCACCAACUUAGAACUCACAGUGGACUUCUGAGGCUGGGCCCCUCCUUUAUUUUGAAAAUGUGCACUCUCGGUUGCAAGACCUUGUCAGGAGGCUGUAAGGUCCCCCCCAAGGAUUUGUAUUGUACGUAAUUUCAUGCAUAAAUAAAUGUUAUUGGGGACUG